AUAACAUAUUUGAAUUUAGGUAUCAUUAAUAACGAAUUGAUACUUUCAUGAUUCUCUCUCAGUAAGUACCAUUUAUACUCGUAUCUCGAAUGCUGCAAUUUAUUACCAUCAUUUAUCAUUUCAUCGUGCCUUUACCCACGUAUGUUAUGUGACUAUAACUGGCUACCCGAGUCUAACAUAUAAGUAAUAACAUACGGUGGAUAUCGUAAAUGUUAACGGCAAUUCACAGACGGUCUUUAGUAUUCGAUCUAGAAACUGUUCCCGAUCCUUUCAUCGUUUUAUAACUCGUUGUUAAAUAAAAUAACUUUAUGUACGGUUAAAUGUUGAUUUUUUUCUAAGCUAAAAAACAAUCGAGCGUUCACCACACAAAUAAAAUAAAAGUAACCAACUUCAAUUGAUUUGCUUUACUAUUGCGGUCGUGUCUGAUCAGAAACUAGAAAUCGGACAAACCGAUUGUUAGACCUAAAACCACCUUUAUUCCAAUAAAAAUAUUAAUUUUAAGUUCUAUCCCAAUGUAUUACAGAACAUACAAAAAGGUUACAAUUAUGUGAAAUGACUGGAUCUCAUUUUGUGUAAAUUACUGUUUAAAUUUCGAUUGGUAAUAGUAUAAAAAUAUGUGAGUGACUGUGAAUGAAAAAUAUCGUGUGAUGGUGGGCGGUGUGGACACAGCAUGACCACAUGGAUGGCGCUGUUCGGGCUAGUGUGGCUACUGCGAGUGCGCGGCUCCCUCUGCGGGUGUGCGGCGUGCAAACGCGCUCGCCAUGACACCCAUGAAUCGAGACAUACAGAAACACAGGAGACAAGAGAACCACAAUGCAGCACUAAUUCUAUCAGCUACGCUCCCGCAGAAGGUCCCCCUUUUGACGUCAUCGCGCUACAGAAUUACACGCGUGAUGCAACAGUGCAGACUGACUUUGAAGAUGAUGAAGAUCUUGAUAAAAUCGAACUGCAGAUCUGCGAAGGUUCGAACGUCGCGAACUAUGAUUGCGGUCGUGAGCAGGCGACGCAAAAUCCGGAAGUCGAGCAGUGUAUUGCAGGAAGCUUACAGUCUUGUUCCGAUUCAGAUGAUUCGGUAUGGGAGACAGCUGAUGUUACAUUGGAGCGCGGCACAAACGGUCUAGGACUGAGCAUAGCGGGUGGCGAGAGCGGUGGUGAUAUUAGCAUAACUCGAUUGGCUGUCGGAGGUGCAGCCAGAAGUGACGGCAGACUGCAAAUUGGAGAUAUUUUACUGCAGGUAAACGAAGUAUCCUUAGAAGGUGCUCCUCAUUCAAUGGCAGUUGAUGCUUUACAGAAAGCUGGAAACGUUGUUAAAUUAAGAGUCAGAAGAGCCAGACGUCCUAAAGUCGUCACAUUAUGGCGAGGGGCACGUGGACUGGGCUUAGGAAUAGCAGGAGGUGCUGAUGAUGCAGCGGGAGGAGGUGGAGUCUUCAUUUCACACAUCGCAGUCGGCGGAGCAGCACAUUACGAUGGCAGACUAAGACUUGGUGAUAAAAUACUUGCUGUUAGAGACGAAGAUGGAAUAGAAACAUCAUUAAUCGGUGCAACACACGCAAAGGCAGUCGCAACAUUGCGCAACACUGGAGAGCAUGUUACUCUAAUCGUUCUACCUGCUGCGUCUAUCCCGCCUUCGGCUCAGCCCACGCAACUUUAUACAACAAGAACACAAGCAACAUCGUGUUCGACACUUCACGAGCUUACAGAAGAAGAUCCAAGUAAAAUUCCAAGAUGCGUGCGCAUGGUCAGACUCGUGCGUUCCGGAUCACGUUUAGGCAUGGAUAUCGUCGGAGGUCUGGGUGGUGAAGACACUUCCAGUGGCCUGGAGGACGAGGCGUGCGGUGUGUUUGUGUCAGGAGUGUCAGUGGAGGGAGCUGCGUACGGCAUGUUGUACAGGGGAGAUAGAAUAUUAAGCGUCGAUGGACGAGAUUUAUCAAGAGCGACGCAUGAACAAGCUGCAGCAGCGCUGAAGUACUCUGGCAGCGCAGUAACGAUAGCUGCGCAGUACCAGCCGGAACACUACGAGAGGCUUCGCGCCCGCAUCCGGGCGAUCAACGCGGCCGCAAUGUCACCACACACGAUGCACCCCACACACGUUCCUGUACAGCCUGAUUUACACGCUAUCUAUCCCAGGUAGCAGUGAACAGACUGAAUCGACAACUGUCUUGGACAAUUCUAGUUAGAAAAUAAAUGAAUUUUGUCAAUAGUUUUAUGAAGGACAAUAUUUACGUAUGUAUAUAAAUGUUUAUUUAUUUACAUUAUGAGUGUGUAUUUAUGACGUUCACAAAUGUUAUUGAUUAAUUAAUAA